AUGAAGACUUUUAUGCUUGCUGGACUCGCAGCUGCGCAAAAUUCAGAUUUCCAAUUAUAUCUUCCGCCGGAUCGAGCCGGAGCCUUUGAUGGAGCCGAAACCUCAUUUUCCUUUCCCCAGCCAAGCCAGAAUCUCGCUACUUGUUUGUGGGUGAAGUCGACGUUUCCGGAUGGAGGAGAAGUGCUGAGACUGAGCGACACGGAGAGUGGCGAACUCAACCUUUCCGUUUCCGUGAGAGACAACAGCGUUCUUCUAUCCAACAAACUCUCCAGCGUCGAUUUCUCCUUCUCUCAAAUCGACCUUCGCGAUUUCCGCUGGCACCAAAUCUGCACCGAUUGUACCACCAGCACCUGCACAGUCUACCUCGACGGGAAAGACAGCGAGGUCCAGCCCUUUUCUUUCCCAACUUCGCAGUUUUCUUCCGUCAAUGUAAAUUUCGGCUUUGCUUCUGGAUUUCAAGGCAAAAUUCAAAAGUUCCGAAUUUCAAACUCCGAAAAUCCGGUCGAAAGCGCGACUGCUUGCGGCGCCCCAGUCAAACAAUUAUCAAACGCUCAAUCGUGGUCCCCCGCCGAGCUUCUUAUCACUCGGCCAGUGCACACGCGCGACUACGAGUCGGUCUGCAACGAUUUGCUUUCCGUUGAUUGCGGCUUGGACUCAAUCACCGUCUCAGUUUCCCACUUGCACUUAGAGACGAUUGGAUUACACGAGAAAUUCAAGGUAUCCCGCCUUUCCGUAUUAGAGCAUUGCGCCAAUUUCACCAGCAGCGACUUCACCACGUUCACCAUCGCCCCCCUCGACGCGUGCGGAAGCAAAGUCACCAUCAGCGAAACAGACAGGACUGUCAGCAACACUGUCUUGAACUAUGCAAACGACGGUACAGUCUUCACCGCGGAUUUCCAAUGCCAGUAUCCAAUCGACGUCACGGCUGUAGAAUACGUCGAGCCGGUGAAAGAACAAGACGUGAUUUUCCAGCAAAAGAUCGUCCCCGUCGGCCUCGUGCGAUACGAUAGCAACAGCUUCCAGGAGCAGUCGCGUAACGCCUUGGAGCUCUCCCGCGGCGAAAUACUCCAUCUCGCAGCAUUGGCGCCUGAUGAGAUAGACCGUUCAAUCCGCGUGCUGGUGAAAUCAUGCGAAACUGCCAAAGGCGUGUCUUUACUGUCAGAUUUCGGAUGUAAUUCGGAAGAGGAGACUUCUUACGUUUACACGAAUGGGGAUUCUCCCGCCGCGCGUUUUUCUCUCGCUGUUCCAGAAUGGACAGUUGACGUCAGAUGCAGCGUAAUCCUCUGCGACAAAGGCGACGAAUGCGAAGUCAAGUGUGGCAAGGGCAAGUCAAGAAUUCGCCGCACACCUGAGGGGGAUGACCUCACGACGCAGGCGCCCUACAUUCCAUUGGAAACGACAGCUGCCAUGGAGAUUGAAGAGAACUGGGAAGAAAAGAAAGAGACUUUCGAAGAUCUUGUCGAAACAAAACUGGUCUUUGGACCGCUAGAAUGGCCAAGGGAGGUACAAACAACAGCUGUUCCUGAGGCCGAUUUUGUGACAGAAAUGCCAGAAGAGGAUGAAAUUGCGACGACAGAAAUGCCAAUCGAGGAAAUUCUAGAGACGGAAGAGCUCGAAAUCAUCGAGGAAAAAGUGAAGGAAACGGUGGAAGUUAUCGUCGAAGAUAUCAAAAAAGUGGUUGUGGAAGUGGAAGAUGGUACGAUUGCGGGAUCAACUGCCAUGUGGACGAUUAUGUUAUCAUCGUGUGGCGCGUUAUCCGCCGGCAUCGCCAUGCUCUUCAAGUUCUAUCAAAACAAAAAGCGCGAGAAUCUGAUCUCCUCCUAA